UCUUGACGUCAACGUAAAUUACUUUGCUAGCCAGCGAGGAUGGUGUUGAGGUUGCAGCUGGGGUUUUCUAAAAACUAACACUAACCAAUACCUGCUGGAUGACUUGUCUGAUGAUAUUUAUGAAAUAAAUGAAGAGUUGUACAUAAACUAGGCUUCCAGCUCUCAGCCAUGUCUCAGGAGAGCCUCUCAGACCUGGCCAAUGAGAACACCGGCCCUCUAGUGACCCCUUCCUUAACCCUUGACCUCCUGUCACCGCACAGUGCCCUGCUUCUCGAUGCCGAGCUCAGCCAAAAAAACAAAAUCAAGGGCUCCUCUUCAUCUUCCUCCUCAUCCCCUAAGUGCCGUCGGAAAUACGCCACCACCACCCCGGCUGACCUCCUCAAUGGCAUGAUGGGCGGUGGGGAACCGCAGGACGACGACGACGACGACGACGAUGCCGGUCAGCGGCAGUGGGCUGGGGAGCUGGCGAACAACCAUGACAACGGCCAUUGCCAGUGGAGUGGGCAGGAGACUGGUCAGCAGCAGCACACUGGUCAGGGCAGUAACACCAAGUGGUUGAAAGAAGGCCAGAACCAGCUCCGCAAGGUGGCUGAGAAGCAGCAGCUGCAGCAGCAGCAGCACCAGCAGCAGCAGGACCCUAACCUCAACCACAGCCCUGACCAGAACCUCAACGUCAGCAGCCUGAACGAUAGUGGGAGCAGGAGCCCAGACGAAGGAAACCCAAACCACAACUCGGUGGUCCUCCACGAGGCGAAGAACAACACCUCCAACAAGGCCCUCACGACCCUGUGUCUGGAGGUGGACGACAAGGGGACGGACGACGGGGUGCUCCUCAUCGACGACUCCGAGCGCCGCCCACGUGUGGGCAAGGAGCGGGAGAACCACGAAGAGGAGAAGGAGGUGGUGGAGGACGAGGAAGAUGAGGAGGUGGAUGAUGAGGACGAGGAGGAAGAUGAGGAAACCAUGCCGUCUAGUGGGGGGGAGAAGGACACAGACUCCUCGGAGACGCAGAGCCACAGCGAGGAGAGGAGUGGGGAGGGCGAGAGUGGGAAAAGCUCCGGUCUCCUGUUCCCAGGAAGAAGUGGGGCGCCCAGCGAUGAAGACUCCAGCUGCAUGUCACUGUCUCAGGGAAGCACAGCUAACAGCACUCCAGACGGGGAGACUGAGUCGUACUGGGACCGCAGCGAGUUUGAGACGGACGUGGACCUGCCGGCAGGUUGGAUGCGGGUGCGGGACACCUCGGGCACCUACUACUGGCACAUCCCCACGGGCACCACGCAGUGGGAGCCACCCUCGCCCCAGGAGGAGGGCGCCACCCUGGAGAGGCCCUCCAGCACCUCCCCUGCCAUCACACCCAGCGAGGAGCCACAGGUCACAUGGAGAGGCCCCUCUCGCCACAACAGGUUCAACGACGAGGACCUGUGGAAGGAUGACGUGACGUCUGAUCAAAGUCUCAAGGAGUUUGAGGGGGCAACUCUGCGCUAUGCCUCCAUCAACCUGAGUUGCACCCAGUCUGACGCUGAUCAGAAGCUUGAUGGCUAUAACACAGACUCCGAGUCUAAGUGUUUUGCGGUGCGUUCUCUGGGCUGGGUGGAGAUCUCGGAGGAGGAGAUGGCUCCUGGCAAGAGCAGUGUGGCCGUCAAUAACUGCAUCAGACAGCUGUCCUACCACAAACACAACCUGCACGACACAGCAGGCAUCUGGGGAGAGGGUAAGGACAUGCUGCUGGUGCUGGAGAAUGAGACUUUGAAGCUGAUCGACCCCCUCAGCCAAACGCUGCUUCACUCCCAGCCCAUCAUCAGCAUCCGUGUGUGGGGGGUGGGUCGUGACAACGGCAGGGAGAGGGACUUUGCAUACGUGGCGCGGGACAAGUUGACCCACGUUCUGAAGUGUCACGUGUUCAGAUGCGACACCCCUGCCAAGAACAUCGCCACCAGCAUGCACGACAUCUGCUCCAAGAUCAUGGCGCAGAGGAAGUCUUCCAAGACCUCCGUGAGCAAGCUGAAUAUCGACCCUUCCAAGCUACUGGACAUGCCCUUUCAGGAAUUUCCUGUACCAAAGAACGAACUGGUGCAGCGUUUCCAGGUUCAUUACCUCGGGAACGUGCCAGUGGCCAAACCUGUAGGUAAGGGACGCCUUGGAGUGGACAUCAUUAACGUUGCCCUGGAAACGGCUCUGAACACCAAAGAGAAAGAUGACUGGAUACCGGUGACUGUGAAUGUCGCCUCAGCGACACUUACUAUACUCCAUGCAGAGACGGAGGAGGUUGUGUGUGAGUGCCGCGUGCGUUUCCUCUCCUUCAUGGGCGUGGGGAAGGACGUGCACACGUUCGCCUUCAUCAACGCUGAAGCUCCUGGCCACUUCAUCUGCCACAUGUUCUGGUGCGAGCCAAACGCUGCCAGUCUGAGCGAGGCCGUGCAGGCGGCUUGCAUGCUGCGAUACCAGAAGUGUCUGGACGCGCGGCCCCCCAGCAGCGGCUCGUGCCUGCCGGGCCCCCCUGCGGACUCUGUGGCCAGGCGUGUGGGCUCCAGCGUCAGGAAGGGCGUGCAGAGCCUGCUGGGCAGCUUCAGGCGCUCCGGCUCCCAGACGCCCUAGGGCUCUAACCUGUCCCGCCCAGUGCCCUCUCUCUCUCCUCAUGUCCUCUCUCUCACCCCCUCACAUACACAGGACUCUCUCUCUCUCUUACACACUGUCUGGAACAACACUCCCUACCCCUUUGUCUGGUCAGUGUCUAAACCUCUCGUCUACCCCCCCACACACACACACACACACAGUUAAUGAAUGGAACUGGAACGGUGCCGGUGGAAAUUUGCCUCGCUGGCUGUCCUAGCCAUGUUGUGUAAGAAGGGUUCACAAGUGUGCUGAUCAUAAGAGUUAAUGAUCUUAGAAAGUUAUUUAUAUGAUAUCAGAAAUGAUCACGAAUUGGUCAUGAUUUGUGCAAUUUAGCAAUGAAAUAACGUAAGGAGGCAAAGGAACACUAGACUGAAAACAAAACAAACAAAACAACUGUAUCAAUGUUAACAAGUAGAGAACAGAUCCGUAUUACGAACAGAGAAGCAUCGAGUCAUUGUAGGAACACUGCAGUGAUCGAGAAUUAUGUAAAUGCAAGUUAAAUGCAAACUAAAUACCUAAAUGUCUAUGUCCUAUGACGUGUGUUCGACUAAUUGUAUACUAUGUAUAGCUGCCAUGCGUUUCGUCACCACACUAAAAAGAGUCGGUUGAUUAUUUUAAACAUAAUGCUGGUUCAGGCCUUGUCGAUGUAAACCUUCAUUUGAAGAGUAGUAUGUUUGAUCAUACUUUUUUUUGGUAUGCUGGCCAGGUGUGCUUGGGAAGGCUCGUUGAAGGUCAUAGUGUCUCUAGAGACAUUUUUGUUCCUUUGGAGUGCUAUUCCACAGAGAUGAGUGUAGUGUCGCUUUCUGCUCCAUUCUAGGUUGUGGUUCUGGGAUGUCCUCGCUGUCCCAGCAAACCGUUCUGGCAGUAAAGCGCACAGAAAAAAAAAAAAAAAAAACAACAACCCCAAAACAGAUCUUUGGAGGACGGGCAAGUCUAGUUGUCAUGCCUUUUUCCCAACCUUCUUUGUGUGUCAGUGCGUGUAUCUUUCCAUGUACUGCAGACUCUCUCUGCAGGGUGAUUGAAUAAGUCACAGCGGUUUGUAAAGCCUAUUUGUCAUCCUGCUGGUUGUACAAACCUAUUAUACGGACACCGAUGUCCUCUGAGGACCACAGAUGUCCUCUUUAAGAUCAUAUUACCUUUCAUCUGGAUGUAAUAAUUCUAAAAAGACCUCUCGCUACUCUGAAAGUCCGUUUUGGUUUUUAGUUUAACAUAUAUGAUUGUAAGGCUGCUGAUUGUGGCAUGACCGACCCGUUCUUUUUUUUUUCUUUUUUUUUAUCACAAGCUGUAAUCAAUAAUAUAUCACGUCUUCCUAAAUGCGUAGAUUGAGUAGGUAGUAAUGCAUUUCACACACGCACCCAUAUGGGCAUUGGUCUUUAUUUGAAGUUAUUUCGUAAUAUAAUUGAGUAUUUUUGUAAUAAUUUUGUAAGCUGGCUGCUCUUAUCAGAAUGCACUACAGUCUAUUUAAACUUUAAUAAGAUGAUCGUGUGUUGAACUUUGGCUUUGCUGUCCGACCACCUGCUGUGUCACCACUAUGUGGUUCUUAGUGAAGGAGAGCUGUGCUUCCUCAUGCAGUCAAAGUAAAUCUGAGAAUGAGCCUCUGAUCGCCCCCUACUGUUUGCCUGCCACAACUGCACUUUUCCAUCAGUGGAAUCUAAAAUCUGACAUUGUAUGUAACACAGGCUCUAGAAGGAAAAUAGUAUAGAGGACCGAGAUUUAUUAGGUCAAGUUUCACUCAUGUUAACUCAAUGAGGAACUCAUUGCCAUUCAAAUUGAUGUUUGAAAACCUACAAAGACGUCAAAACUGCCAUUAUGUUUGUGAUAAGCUCCUAGGUUGUACUUCCAUUGCAAUCAGCACCAAUAGUUUGCUCGGGCUAAUGUAAAGCCAUCCCUUGCUCGUGUGAGUAGGUUCCUGAAUACUAAGGCAGUGUGGCUGUGGUGUUGAUAUGUAGGAAGGGGCUGCAAAGGAGUUGUUCACAUUUUCGUUUGUCGUUCUGAUUUUAUUUAGGCUUGAUGAGUUUAUCACUGCCUUGGUUUUUUAUAUGUCCGAUCUUAAUGUCUAAUGUUUUUAACGUUAAUAUUUCUGGUUGAUUUUUAAGUAAUACCUAUGCCAUAUCAUUCAAGCUGAUGAGAUUUAUGACUGGUUGUUUCUUUAAGUGUUUUUAGAGCUUUUAACAUAGUUACUGUUUUCUACUUAUGUUUUUUGUUGAUGUGACACUAUCCAUUUGGUUAAGCUGUUUUGUUUUUCGUUAAAUAUUCAUCUUCUGUGUUUUAUUCAUUACUGAAGCCGAAUUAUGCUUUGUGUGUACGCACGCACUGUUUUGUCAUAACAUUUCCUUCACACUACACCUACACCACACGUUAUUUAUGUUCAUCUUUUUUGUUUUCGUUACUGAAUCUCAAAACAGAUUUACACUCUCCUUUUUUCUCAUUGUAGAUGGCAUGAUGUUAUGAGCGGUGAAAAGGGAUCUUAUCUUAUUUCCUCAUAUCUGUUCUCAGAGGAAAUAAUGCAUAGGCUCAAAUGGAAUGUCUUUUUGGAUAGGUCAAAUGUGAGAAGGAGGUCUUGACCAGGCAAAUGAAUAGGUGUUCCACAUCUCUCUCCAUCAAUGUAUUUGAUGUUUGGGGACUGAUUUCCCCUUCCUCUGUUGUAGAAGAGAACACCAGGAACUCAUCUUAACACUAUAAUUGCUGUUACUCUUGGCCCAUCUCUGUUUCACUGACAACUCUCAGUGAAAGUCAGUUCCACUUGCACAGGCCUUGUGAAUAACAGUGUGUCAUCAUGGUUAUGCUUACAUGGCACCUUCAGUAUGAUUUAGCCUAAAAAGAUAGUGAUUUAUCCAAUCAAUGACACACUUUAAACAUAUCUGCCUCUCGGAAAUCAGUUUUGUCCGUAAUAUGCCAAGCUAAUGACGAGUUACCUGUGUGUAGUCCAUGCGGAUGUACUUUACUGGUCAGCAUGACUGCUUUUAGUUUCACCUCGUACGCAAUCCAUGGAAGAUUUUUUUUUUUUUUUUAAAGGCUUGUGCAACAUUUCCUUUUAAAAUGUAAACCAGAUGUGAUGUAUAUACAUGUAUAUUAAUAUAAUGUAUCACUGAACAAAAUAAAAUACACAACGUGGUGCA